AGCCGAGAACUUAGUCGUUCAAACGCGUCGAUCAGUGCAGUUGCUGUACUGCGCUCUCACAGCCUAAACAAUUCCCACAAUCAGGUUUUAGACGUAACUAAUGCAAUGGACAGUGAAUUGAGUGAAGAGCAACAGCAAGUGCAGGAGUUGAGCGAUUGGUUGGACUCUAAUCCCUACAUAAAUGGCUGUAGGUCAUACGCUAAUCUACAUUUCUUUUUGCGCACUUGUAAAUUUGACGUGGAACGGGCCAAAAGGAAACUAAAAACAUAUUAUCAAAUGCGCGCGGAGCGCAUAGAAUGGUUUGACAACUGCGAUCCUUUGUUGCCCGAGAUACAAGAGCUGCUGAAGCUAGGAGUGUUUCUGCCCAUCGAUGGUGUGGAAGAUGAACAUCAGCGCAAGGUGGUGGUCAUACGCACAGCAGCGCACGAUCCCAAACGUCACACGCAGAACAAUGUUUUCAAGACAAGCAAAAUGAUAUUGGAUUUGUUGCUGAAAUUGGAGCCAGACAACUGUGCACGCGGUAUGGUGGCGAUUAUGGACAUGCAGGGCGUGCAACUGGGUCAUGCCAUGCAGCUAAAUCCUAAACUAAUCAAGCGCUCUGUUGAAAGCUGGACUGCAUAUCCCUGUCAGCCCAAGUUGUUGGAGUUCACAAAUGCACCACGUCACGUUAAUCUCUUCUUGAAUACCUUUAGAGUGUUCAUGAGCAACAAGAUACGCAACCGCGUCGUGGUGCACCGCGAGGGAACCAUUGUGCAAUGUAAACAAUUGCCCAGAGAACUGGGAGGGCUGGGACCGAGUUACAAAGAGUUGGCUAUCAAAUGGAGGCAUCUGGUUGAACAGAAUGCUGACUUUUAUGUAGAGCAAGGCAAAUACAAAAGCUUACUGAACUAAUAUUUGAUAAGCGUCUGAUUAAUCCAAAAAUGUGAUUAGCGGUUUAUAAUAUAUACAUUUGUUUAUAGAUUAAAUUUGUAGAUAGCACUACGCAAAAAUGUA